AUGCAAGAGAAAACAGAGAAUGAAUCAUUAAUAAAAAAUACUAACUUAGAUAUAAGUGAAGAAGAUCAGAAAGAGGAGGAUAUAAAUGAAAUCGAAGAAUUCUUUAUAAGCAAGGGUAAUUAUGAUAGUGGCACCAAUGUUGGAGACGAAUUAGCAAAAUAUGUUAAGACAAUUCCUGAAGCUCAUAAAUGUUUGAAUCUCACAUACUGGAACAUUCUCGAAUUAACAAAAGACACCCAAAUAAACCAUUUUUUUUCAACGGAUGACUGGGAAGAAAUAAAUAAAAGCUUUAAAAAAGAAGUAAAAUUAGUUGAAUCAGAUAUAUCAGAUAGAGUAGAUCGUUCUAUAGCAAUGCGGUGGAUCCACGAAACUUAUGGCAUGGCCUGUAAGGUUACAAAUGUAUUACGCUUAGGAAGGCUUUCUCAGAAAAAGAUGCCCAAUACUUUAAAAACGCUUGCAAUUCUUGAAGGCUUUUAUGCUACUAUGUCUGAUAUCAAGUCUACAUUGAAAAUAAUUUGUAAUCACAAAAAUAAUGUCUCACGUUCACAUAGAAAAUGCAAAAGAAAAAUUCCAGUUUAUAGCGAGCAAUCCGGAUUGUUCGGUACACCUUCAAGUCCAAUAAAGAAAAGUAAACGUUAA